UAGAGUGCGCAUGCUCAGACAGAGCAAGCAGUGUGCCCUCACCUUCAGCCAUCUUCUUAACCAUGUUGGGUGCUGUGGGACGGUGCUGCAGCGGGGCUCUGCAGGCAUUAAAGCCUGGUUUCAGCUCUCUGAAAACAGUCAGCGGGAGACAUGCUGGUCUUUAUUCGAGCAGGGGUUAUGCUGCCCCAGCAGCUCAGGCUGCUCUCGCCAACGGCCGCAUAGUAGCUGUGAUUGGUGCUGUGGUGGACGUCCAGUUCGAUGAAGGCCUGCCUCCUAUUCUCAAUGCACUGGAGGUGGCCGGCCGCGAGAGCCGGCUGGUGUUGGAGGUGGCACAGCACCUGGGUGAAAACACAGUCAGGACGAUCGCCAUGGACGGUACCGAGGGUCUCGUCCGCGGUCAGAAGGUUCUCGACACUGGAGCUCCCAUCCGGAUUCCCGUCGGCCCCGAGACCUUGGGCAGGAUUAUGAAUGUCAUUGGAGAACCCAUUGAUGAGAGGGGUCCAAUUAGUACCAAACAAACUGCUCCUAUUCACGCUGAAGCCCCUGAGUUCACCGACAUGAGUGUGGAGCAGGAGAUCCUGGUGACUGGAAUCAAGGUGGUAGAUCUGUUGGCACCCUACGCCAAGGGUGGAAAGAUUGGUCUGUUCGGCGGUGCUGGUGUUGGCAAGACUGUAUUGAUCAUGGAGCUGAUCAACAACGUGGCCAAGGCCCACGGUGGUUACUCCGUGUUUGCUGGAGUGGGAGAGAGAACCCGUGAGGGAAAUGACUUGUACCACGAGAUGAUUGAGUCUGGUGUCAUUAACCUGAAAGACACCACUUCAAAGGUGGCGCUGGUGUACGGUCAGAUGAACGAGCCUCCAGGCGCUCGUGCCAGGGUUGCUCUGACUGGUCUGACUGUUGCAGAAUACUUCCGUGAUCAGGAGGGACAGGACGUGCUUCUCUUUAUUGACAACAUCUUUAGGUUUACCCAGGCUGGAUCAGAGGUGUCUGCACUGUUGGGUCGUAUCCCCUCCGCUGUGGGUUACCAGCCAACCCUGGCUACUGACAUGGGUACAAUGCAGGAGAGAAUUACAACAACUAAGAAGGGCUCCAUCACUUCAGUGCAAGCUAUCUAUGUACCAGCUGAUGACUUGACUGACCCUGCUCCAGCCACCACUUUUGCUCACUUGGAUGCAACAACUGUGCUGUCCCGCGCCAUCGCUGAGCUGGGCAUCUAUCCGGCUGUGGACCCUCUGGAUUCCACUUCUCGCAUCAUGGAUCCCAACAUUGUUGGGUCCGAACACUAUGAUGUUGCUCGUGGUGUGCAGAAGAUCCUGCAGGACUAUAAAUCGUUACAGGACAUCAUUGCCAUCCUAGGUAUGGAUGAAUUGUCUGAGGAGGACAAACUGACUGUGGCACGCGCUCGCAAGAUCCAGCGUUUCCUGUCUCAGCCAUUCCAGGUAGCAGAGGUUUUCACUGGCCAUUUGGGCAAGCUGGUACCCCUCAAGGAGACAAUCAAAGGCUUCAAAAGCAUUCUAGGAGGUGAAUAUGAUGCCUUGCCAGAGCAAGCUUUCUACAUGGUGGGGCCCAUUGAAGAAGUAGUCCAAAAGGCUGAGAAACUAGCAGAGGAACAUUCAUAAUUGUCUGAGGUUGGAAGGUUUUAUGAGAGAGACGUUUGUACAGUAUCAUUUCUAUUUGAGGAGCUUCUAACGUCAUGCUAUGUAUGUGUGUUGUGGUUCUAUUUCUCCAAAGAUGUAAUUAAAAGUUACAUUGUGACAAAGAA